AUGUCAGUCGAUGUCGGGGAGGAGACGAAGGGGAGGAAGCGGACGACAGAUGAGGCAGAGCUCGAGAUUGACGUCAACGCUCCAGAACCACCAUCAAAGAAGGCUCUGAGAAAAGCCAAGAAACAGAAAACAACAGACGAGGUGAAGCCUGAGGACAACGCCGCCAAGCAUGGGCGAGCGCUCCAAGUUCGGAGUCUGGAUAGCAACCUGGCUUUCACCAUCGGCAAGAAGGAUGUGCUCAAAUUCUUGACCGACAAUCAAAAAUCACCAAUUCCUGCGAAUCAGAUCACACGUCUGCACCUACCGCCAGGCCGCGACAUGCGGUCGCAGAACAAAGGCUUCGCAUAUGUGGAUUUCACAACUCAAGAGUGGGUCGACGUGGCAGUCGGUCUGAGCGAGACACUACUCACAGGCAGGCCGCUUCUGAUCAAGGACGCCCAUAACUUCGAAGGCCGCCCGGAGACAUCGAAGACUCAAGCAUUCGUUGAAUCCCAGGCCAAAGCGCCUAGUCGGAAGAUCUUUGUUGGCAAUCUACCCUUCGAUACCACCAAAGAGUUUUUAGAGAAGCACUUCCGAGUAUGUGGGAAGAUCCUAAAAACUCAGGUCGCCACAUUCGAGGACUCAGGAAAGUGUAAAGGGUAUGCGUGGGUUGAGUUCGAGGAGCUGGAAGCAGCCGAGACCGCUAUGAAGGGGCGUGUCACGAUUGACCAUCCCAAAAGUCCAACUGGGAAGAAAACGAUCUACUUAUCCAGGAUGGGCGAAAACAAGCUCAGGAUGGAGUUUGCGGAAGAUGCUACAACACGAUACAAUAAACGAUAUGGCAGACAAUCUGGUGCAGAAGAGAAUAGACAUACGAGUGACGGUAUUGAGGAGGUCGACGGCACGACAACGGACGUCAAAACCUCGGACAGACGAUCCCGGGAUCAGUCCAGAAAGAGCAGACGGGCGGACAGGCCGGCGAGAAAGCUUCGUGCUCCUGAUUUGUCGAGAUACAGUGCAGACACUGUGCAGAAGCUCACAGGAGGAAUUGUCGAAAGUAAAGGCCAGAAGAUCUCAUUCGAUUGA